AUGUUGGAGAUAGUGUUUGAUUUUGAAGAUUUGAAUGAUUAUAAAGGGGCGGCGGAGUCAUCAUCAGUAUUGCUUCCAUUGAUAUGGGAGAACCAACUGUCACACAACUCAUUUAGGAACUUGAAAACAUUGUUUGUGAAAAAGUGUGGCUUUGUGAAAUUGGUGCCCCUUCGUGUGCUGAAAUCUUUAAACAACUUGGAAGAACUAGGAGUUAGGUACUGUGACACGUUGGAGUUGGUGUUUGAUUUUGAAGACUUGAAUGAUUAUAAAGAGGCGGAGUCAUCAUCAGUCACUCAUAAUUUGGAGAAGCUGACAUUACAAGGUAAAGGAGCUGAGAUGAUAGGGAGUGGCCAGCUUUCAACGUACCGCUUCCCCAAAGUAAAACUGCUUCAUCUAAAUACUGGUUAUGAUAAAGCAACGACUAUUUCAUACAAAUUGUUGUGGAAGAGCUUUCCAAAUUUAGAGGAGCUGACACUAGGAGGUCACAUUAAGGAGGCUUUUGGCGGAGGGGAUGAUGUUCCUCUUCCAAUAAAAUUGACUCUCGACAGGAUUCCCAAAAUCACAAGCUUGGUACCACUCUUAGUUUCUUCACCAAAUCUCACACAUCUCCACGUGGCAUAUUGUCAUAAGUUGACCACUUUGAUGACGUCAUCAGUUGCUCGAAGCUUGGUCCAUCUCACAAGUCUCUCAAUUAGUUGGUGCUCUAACAUAAAGGAAAUUAUAUGGAAGCAGGAAGGAGAGGAUGAUGACGAUGAGGAAGUCGUUUUCCGCAAGUUGCAGCAUUUGAAAGUUGAACGGUUACCAGAAUUGAAGAGAUUUUGCCGCUACAAUUACACUUUCAGAUUUCCGUUAUUGGAUCAGCUGAUCAUAACAGAAUGUCCAAGAUUCAAAGUAUUCUCUCCAGGGCUCAUUGAGGCACCAUCUCUUAAAAGAGUUCAAGUGUCACAAGAAUGGGGGGUAAAACAUCAUGAAAUUUGGGACACCAAUCUUAACAAAACAGUAUACCAACAGAGAUUUGUGGCAUCAAGAGAGAUGGUGUUAGAUGAGGAUGAUGUUAGCAUGAUAAAGAAUGACCAAUUUCCAGUGGACAGUUGUCCUGAAGUGGAAAUUCUGGGCAUAGAAGGAUUUGAUGAUGAAGGGGUAACAUUUCCGUAUACAUUGCUUGAAAGAUUGCCGCGGCUGUCUGAGCUUCAUGUGGAGGAUAGUUCUUUUGAGGAGAUAUUCCCAUCACACAUUGUUCAUCAAAUUCAACAACUUCAUAAUUUGACAAUGCUGAACGUGUCCCGAUGUCAUCGGCUCAUCUAUUUAAUGACAAAUUCAGCUGCCAAAAGUUUGGUGAAUCUUGAAACACUGGGCAUAUAUGAUUGCAAAAAGAUGGAGAAAAUUGUAAAGAAUGAGAAUAAUGACGAUGUGGAAGGUGGAGUCACAUUCAGUGCGUUGAGAAGAUUAGAACUCAGUGGUCUACCAAGAUUGAAAGUGGAAGAGCAUAAAACGGAUUUCAACAUUGAAGACCCAGUAACAAAUAAUCAUAAGGUGUCAUUCUCAAAGUUAGAGAUAUUAGAAUUACACUCUUUAAACAGUCUGGUUCCGCCGAUAUGGGAUGACAAACCUUCACACAACUCAUUUAGCAACUUGAAAACAUUGAGUGUGAGUCGCUGUGGCAUUGUGAAAUUGGUGCCCCUUCAUGUGCUGAAAUAUUUAAACAACUUGGAAGAACUGGAAGUCAAGUUUUGUGACAUGUUGGAGACGGUGUUUUAUUUUGAAGAUUUAAAUGAUUAUAAAGAGAUUGUGUCAUCAUCGAUGGCUGUGCCACUGAAAGAGCUAAGGUUAAUCUGUUUGCCAAAAUUGAAGAAUGUGUUGAGCAAUAAUCAUAGCCAAGGAGCAAUAAACUUGGCACUAUCCUUAUGCCAUCAAAAUCAAAUUGAAGAAAUUAUAGCGAGACAGGAAGAAGAGGACAAUGAGGACACGGAAAUCAUUUUCAGCAAAUUGGAGCUUUUGGAACUUGAUGAAUUACCAAGAUUGAAGAGAUUUUGCGGCCAAAAUUAUACUUUCAAGUUUCCAUUAUUACAAUGUGUAACCAUAACAGAGUGCCCUCAACUCACAACAUUCUGCUCUGGAGCCAUUCAUGCCCCGCAGCUUCAAAAUGUUCGAGUGAAGAGAGCAUAUGAAGAAUCUCACAUAGAUAUUUGGAUGACUGAUCUUAAUGCCACUAUCCAACACCGGUUUACUAUUCAAGAGGUAAUUUCCACAACCGAAAGCAUGGCUUUAAAUGCAAAGAAUAUCACAAUAAUAAGGGAUGUCUUUCCUGAAGUGAGAACUCUUUAUGUAGAAAGCUUCAAGGAUGAAGGGGUAACCUUUCCCCAUAGCUCCCUUGAAAGCUUUCCCAUGUUGGAAAAGCUUUAUGUGGAGCAUAGUUCUUUUGAGGAGGUAUUCCCCCCACAGGAUGAGAUUAUCGAUUUUAAGGGGAAAAUCCCACCAUUUGAGGAAUUACACAUUGCCUAUUUGGAUCAACUCAAGAGCAUAUGGAAGGAUGACUCUCAGCUACCACCAACUCACCAAGACCUAAUAACACGCCUGGAAGUCGAAAGUUGUCAUAGCUUGGUCAAGUUGGUACCAUCCUUUGCUUCAUUUCAAAAUUUGCGGGAUCUAUUUGUAUCUGGAUGUCAUCAACUCGUCUACUUGGUGACAAGUUCAAGUGCCAAAAGCUUGGUGAGUCUUGUGUGGUUGUGGAUAAACAAUUGCAAAAGAAUGGAGGAAAUUGUACUGAAUGAGAACAAUGAAGGUGUAGAAGGUGGAAUCACAUUCAACCGAUUGUGGUGGAUCAAACUUACUAAUAUGCCAAGCUUGAAGAUGUUCUCUUCAGAAAGUCAAACAUUUGAAUUCCCUGGAUUGCACAAGAUAGAAAUAACUGGAUGUCCUGAAAUGAAGAUGUUUUGUUCCAUAGUGUUGGAAACACCAAAGUUAUCUAGAGUAAAAAUAGAAGGGCAAGAGAUGGAAUGGAAGGAUAAAAGAGACCUUAACAAAAUAGUAGAAAUGCUAUCCUCAGCAAAGGAUAGUGUUAAUAUAAUAGAAGGAUAA